CGAGAUUCACUCUGCGUGAGCUUUACUCAGCCACAUCAGCAUAAAGAUAAUGCUGAAGGAUAAGGGGGCGUGCUGUCGUUGCUCAGAGCAUAUAAAGAACGACGUGAGGAAAUAUCAGCCCACUCUGGUGCUCCCACACUCACUAACCUGCACACUCCUGUCCAGGACUGCAACCUCCUACCACCAUGACGUUCAACGGCACAUGGAAAGUGGACCGCAAUGAGAAUUAUGAGAAGUUUAUGGAACAAAUGGGCAUCAACUUGGUGAAAAGAAAACUUGCAGCUCAUGAUAACCUGAAGAUCACUCUGGAGCAGACCGGCGACAAGUUCCACGUGAAGGAGGUCAGCGCCUUCCGCACACUGGAGCUGGACUUCACCCUCGGGGGCACCUUUGAGUACUCCCUGGCUGAUGGCACUGAACUCACUGGUGGCUGGGUCAUGGAGGGUGAAAUGCUGAAGGGAAACUUCACCCGCAAAGACAACGGAAAAGUACUGAUAACCACCAGGCAAAUCGUUGGUGACGAACUCAUACAGAGCUACAGCUAUGAAGGUGUGGACGCUCAGAGGAUUUUCAAGAGGUCCUAAAAUGAAGUGGUUCUGAAUCUGGACAAGUUGAUCAGAAACACCUCUUUUUUUUGUUUCUCAUCAAACUCAAACGUCUCAACCAUCUGGAUGUUUUCAAACAUCACUGUCGGCACUGUUAUAUACAGCACAUCAGUUAUAUUUUGAACUGUGAAUUUUGAUAUUUAAGAAAAUAAAGUCACUUCUGAGAUGUA